AUGCCGACGACAAAAGCGGUUGUUAAGCAAGCAGACAUGCUGGAGGAGAUGCAACAGGAGGCGGUGAACCACGCCUACGAAGCUCUUCGAUGUGAAGGUCAGUACAUGGAUAUUGCAAAACACGUCCGAUGCCACUUUGAUCGUAUAUAUGGCCCUUCCUGGAGUUGUGUUGUUGGCAAGGACUUUGGAACGUCGUUUGCCUACGAACGCAAGCACCUAAUCUCCUUUGAAAUGAAAGGCGUUACCUUCCUGUUAUUCCGGGGCGCAUAG